AUGUUGGUGCCUUCACCAUCCACUAAUCCAUUGCACUACGCCGUUAUUCUCACACACGGCGCUACAGGUAAUAUGAACAACACUCAGCUACAAACAAUAUCGCAGUAUCUGACGACAAAGGGUUUCAUUUGCUUACGAUUUACGUAUAUCUCGUCCAGAGUUGAAAACAGAAUGAAGGCUUACCACGCUGUGGUGGAAUUUUUACAAAAUUAUAAAGAGGUGUCUCUGAAAGGAUGCUUUGUCGCUGGUAGGUCAAUGGGAUCGCGAGCUGCUGUGUGUGUGGCAAAUGCCAUGAAAAAUGAUUUCAUCAAGGGCGUCAUUUGUCUUUCCUACCCACUUCAUCCCCCUCGUAAACUCACCAGUCUCAGAAAUGAAAUACUUCAGUCUUUGACCACACCGACUCUGUUUAUUACUGGCACAAAAGAUGCAUUCUGUACAAAAACAAUCAUGGAAGAUACCCUUAAAUCUAUUACAUGCGUCAAGAAAAUGAAAUGGAUAGAGGGUGCUGAUCACAGCAUCAAUAUCAAAGGUCAGACUGAUAAUGGCGUCAUGGUUGAUGUGUGCGAUGAGAUUUAUGAUUGGUGUUUGAAGCAUGUGACAAGAGAAACGCAAUUGAAAAGACCUGCUGAAACAAAGGAUUGUAAUAAUGAUAGUGGAAAAAAGAAGAAAUGUAAAAGUACAUAA